AUGCCGAACUACCGGCUGUUGCCGGCUGAUAGCGAAUACCAAAGCCAUCAGUCUGCUCCUAGCGCCGCGAUCGAAAAGAUGGUCCGCCUUAGAACGUUUUUACAGCCGCUUCUACUAGCCGCACUCGUGUUUGCGCCGCUUUCCCACGGUGAUGGUGACCUUCAACUGCCGGCCCUGUACGAGCUAGAUGAGUGGACCGAGUGCCGGCAGCUGUACUGUAUGGCCCGGGUGAUCCUAUCGUCGGAGGGAAAGCCCGGUUCUAGUGAAGUCUUCGACCCCAUCAACGAUCUUCAACACUUUCGACGGACGCUCCUUGAUCGAGGUGUGUGCCUGCGGUCUGUGGACGCGGUAAGUGGACGCAGGCCCGAUGGAAAGCGCCACUUUCCUGCCCAAGCAUGGAACCGAACGGACCGAUACAUUCUGGAGCGGGAACACUUUCCACCGCAUUUUCACGCCAACGAAAGCACUCAGCUGGCGGCCAGUGACGUUAUCGAUCGGCAGCUUGCGGCUCAACAUCCGGGACUGAAAGCGUACACCGAGAUUGAGUACUGCCUUGAGAAGCGCUCGGCUGCCGACUUCGAACGCGCUGUUUCCAUCUCGCUGGCUUUGGUGUUAGUGGUUGGUUGUGUUACGAGCUGGCAGGCUUGUGGCUGGAUUUUCCGGGAGUUGCGUUCACCGCGGACGAACGGUCCUCACAAACCGUUCCUACUGUUCGACCUGUACAAAAACUUUGCCAUGGUUGGAUCGGUCGUGGCACACUGCGUUCUGUUUGGGCCGUUCCUUAUGCCGAUGAAAAACAUCGACUACUUAGAACAGGUUAUGGCCCAUCCGAACGCUAAGAUGUACCGGCUACUUUGUCCCUUUCUCAUGUUGGUGUUCUUCACGAUGAGCUCGAUGCUGCUGACGGUGAAGCUUCUGCAGGAUCGCGCCGCCAGCCGGUCCCAAUUGUCGCGGCCCACCACGUUCGCCGCGAUCGUUGCGCAUCGUCUGAUAAGGCUGCAGCCACUGAAUCUGCUGACGGUCGGUUUCUGCGCGUUCGCGUAUGAUCGGUUCAUCGGUGGACCCCUCGCGCCUCGUCAGCUGAUCUUCGAGCAGGGUGCGUGUCGGUCGCGAUGGUGGAUGAACGUGCUGUUCAUUUCCAACUUCAACAUGCACAAACCGUGCCUGCCACACUCGUGGUACAUCAGCGCCGAUUUUCAACUGUUUAUACUGAUCGCGUUACUUUUGUUUGCCGUUUUUAGAUGGCCGCAAAAGGCUCAACUCCUGAUUUUUGGUGCUAUAGUGUGCUCUUUCUUGGGCCCGUUUUUGACCAUUCUCUGGUCGAACUUCAACCCGGUUGGGCCGGACAGUUUGCACGAGAUGCGCUUCUUCUUGGUAGACAGUGCGUACCUUGCGCAGCUCUACACACCCUUCUACAACAACCUUUCUUGGAGUGUCGGUGGUAUGGUGGCCGGUUUCGUCUACGAUCGGUAUCAACGCUGUGCAAGCCAAACGUCGCUUGCCACAAUGCGACACCACGUAAACCUUUUCGUAGCGGUUGCUUUCCUACCGCUUGUUGCGUUUGCACGUCUUACGCUGGCGGCUUCCGAAAGCUCAGCAGGAGACGACCGCUUGUGGUUGGCCACGUGCUAUGCCGCCUUCAAGCUCUCGGCAGCUGCCUUCUUCAGUGCUGGCAUUUUGCGUAUUUUGUUAACCGAGAGAGAUUUUCCCGGGUCGGAGAUUGUGCGCGUAGGGGCUAAGCUGUACUACUGCGUCUACCUGAUCCACAUGCCCGUCUUUCGGAUCGUGUUUAGCAGAGCAACAAGCACGGUGGAAGUUACGCCGGAACUGUUGUUUCAAAUGGCAAUGAUAGUGUUCGGAAUAUCGUAUGUACUUGCGAUUCUAUUGCACUACACCUUCGAGAAACCAGUAAUGGGAUACCUCAGGCGAAUUCUACUGCAGCGAGUAUAA